UCACCCGAAAAACGUCAAAUGCAAUAAAUAAAAAUCAGCUGAUCCGAAACGACCCACAGAAUGCUUAAUCGAUGUUAUCUUUUUGAUAAGCCAAAAUAUGCUUCGCAGAAACCACCAAAUCGCCUGACGUGACUAGUUAUAAUAUUUUAUACACCGAAUUAAGAUGCGAUUACCGCAACAUGGAAUCAUCUACUGCGGAGCGGGAAGUCAAAAAUACUCAGCAAUUAUAUUUCCAAACGGAUUGGUACUUACAACAGGCCUUAUACUUUUGCAAAUACCUAUCUCCAAAGAAGUUGAGGUCAAACUAUUUGACCGUAAUUUUAUAUGUAUCAACGACACUCCAGAGCUACAUAGUUUGCAGGCAAUCGAUUUUACAAUAAUCAAAGAGGAUGCUCAUGGUCAAUUAAUUGAAAAAACGGCACGAAUUGCAUUCACGUUAUGCUCCAAAGCUGUAGAACAGGUCAUAAAAUUCAGUUUUGGUGGCUUGCAAUUUUUACAUGGCGACAAGUAUAGAUAUAUGACAGAGUGCUGCCACUAUUUUUCGACUUGUUUGUUAUUUCAAUAUAGUGAGGAUAAUCUAUCAACUGCAAAUAUAAAAAACUUUUUCGAAUACUUGUUCAAUAAUAUACAAAGUGAUCUGAAAAUCAUGGACGAAAUAGUUUGUGUCAACACUCCAUUUGGAAAUGAGCAUUUUCUUAAUAGUAUCACCUAUGGGCAUGUCGCUAAUAUUUUUGGUAGAAAUAACUGCUUAACUUUAUUGAAUGUUCCAACCGCAUUUGGAUGUGAAGGAGGAGGAGUUUAUGACAAACAAUUGAACCUGCGUAGCAUGAUGCUCGGAUCCUGUUUUAUGCGUCAGGGAGAUAACAUUUGCUUUCCGUUGGCCAUAAACCUCACGGAGAUAUUCAAAGUUUCCAUUACCAAAGUUUCGUGCAAUGUCCAAGCGGAUCAUUUUUUUUCAAAGAUGAUUGCAUCUGUGUGCUUGGUGGACACCAUGAAUCUUUGGGGAACAGGCUGCGUAUUUAAAAUGAAUAAUCGAAACUUCGUGCUUACGUGUUCGCAUGUCUUAGGCAGUGAAAAUUUCAUCGGAUAUGCGAAGGAUUGUGAACUACAACUAGAGUUGCUAUUCAAGAACCAAAUAUUUGACAGUGCCUACGAUGUCGCUCUUUUCGAGGUUCGCAAUAAAUUUGACAUAGAACGCCCCGUUUGUCAACUCGCAGAUUACAUUCCAAUCAUUGGGCAACAGGUAUACUCUGUUGGCUUUCCCCUUUUUAAAACGUUUGGUCUGAGAGAAACGUUCAAGCCCACUAUCUUCAAAGGUCGAGUCGCAAAAUACUUAAAAGGGCUCGUAGUUACCGAUUGUCCCGUGCAAGUAGGUCAAAGUGGUGGUCCAAUUUUUGAUCUUCACGACAAUUUACUAGCUGUAAUGGUUUCCAAUUUCAAAAGUUGUUACGAUGGCAAAGUGUAUCCCCACCAUAAUAUGUGCAUUCCCAUGUGCGAUAUUUACGAUAUUGUGAAGGAAUAUUGCGAAACAAAUGAUGCAGCCAUCUUGAAGAAGUUGCAAGCAAACCGAGUUGUCGUUGACAAAUGGAAGCUUCGAAGUCCUGAAAUUGGUAAUAAGCUGUAAGCCGACACAAUGACGAUUGUGAGCUACACAAUAAUCAGGGUUAUGAAUAAAGUGGUCUGUAGUAUAGCAUAGCAUAGCACAAAUGACCGCACUUAUCAUGGGUGGCGGAUACAGUAAAAUUAUACAAUAGAAUAGUUCACUAGUAUAGUAGUGGCCAUGUGAUCAUUAUGAGGGAAUAUAGGGAGGGUAGGUUAGUUGAAUAUCUAUGUAUGAAGAUACGGGGAAACCACGUAAUCUUCAUAGGUAUUACGAAUAUUAUUGUUUGUUAGUAGGUAAGGAAGAAUUACACUGGUCUACAAAAUCAGAAAAAAAAAUUGGUGCAGGGUUGUGAUAGUAGUUUUUAGGGUAAAUCGGGUGUGCUGAGUUCAAAAAUAACCAUAGUUUUUCCCGCCGUGCUCCUGUUUUUGAGAUUUCUCCAAAUUCUGUCAAAUUCGAAAAAAAUAUGCGUAAACAAAAUAAAAUGCCCAUUUUUUGCGAAAAUUUGACAUUUUGCAAAAUUCAAAAUGCUGCCAUUUCAAAAGUUCUCAAUGGAUUUCGAUCAGCAAUAGCUGUAUUUGUAGCUGUAAGAGUCUUCUUUCACACAAAAAAAGCUCAAGCUAAACAGACAAAAAUCGUCUGAGUUCUGAUCCAUUUACCCAAUUGAAGAAAAUCUUCAAUAUCAACGCUUUUUGAUAUUACUACAGACACGACAAAAACUUCAGAAAAUCUAUUAAAAAUAAAUGUUUUUAUAGACUUCGAUGCUCUGGAUAUAAAUUAAAAGCCAUAAAGUAGUUUUAUUAUCAUAUUUCAAAAUAACCUAAAAAUAUUUCAUUUUAUAAUAGUUAUACUAUAAACAAAAAUACGGAGUUCAAGAGUUAGAAAGAGACAGCGAAUAGAUUUGGACAUACUCAAUCUGAAUAUGAAGUCGUAUUUUUGUUACUUUUGGUCAGCUUACAUAACCUAACUCAAUUAUAUGUUCAAUGACGUUUGCGAAUAGAAUUUCGAAAAGGGAAUAGAAACGACCAGUGAUCACAGAAUAUAUUUUAUUUUAUAUAUGAAAAUUUUUAUUAUAUCAUAUCAUUAUAGCAAAUUAAACUUUUUUUGUUGGAGACGAACCACUGCGACCAGUAUUUAGAUCUAUUCUGGUAUGCCCCUUCUUUAAUCUAAGUGUACUAUCUACUAUGACAUAUCACUAUUCAUGAGUGAUUGUCAUUUUUGAGAUACACACUCUUUCCAGUUAGGCACACCACUUCGUAUGAAGUUUAUUACCUGCUUGGGAUUUACAAUCCAAACAUCAAAAGGCUCCAAUGUUUUUUUUAUCGAGGACUCUUAGUCUGCGUUGUAUCAAUGCAAAGCAUUCGCAGAGCAGAUGCUCUGGUGUUUCACUUUCAGAUCCGCAGACGCGGCAUGUAUCGUUUGUAAGCUUACCAAUUUUUUUUAAGAUGAUAUUUACUCGGACAGUGUGUGGUAAGUAGUCCUGUCAUGAUACAUCGUUCUUUUUUGUUUAGUCUAAGCAACUCCAAACUUUUUUUCUCGAUUGGGUGAGAUAAAUUUCUUUGAUUGUCGUAGCCCAGGUGCAGGGCCGUCUUAAGACCACUCGGGAUCCAUGGGCACAACUGAGCUGAGGGGCCGCUCUUAUUGAACAGGUAUCAACUGCUGUACAGUAGGAUAAUCAAAAAAAUGAUCCCCAGCAUCAGGGAGCCAUAUAUGCCACCUUGAUUUUUUUUCCAUUUUAAGUCAAAUUAUUCAACUACGUGAUUGUAUUGAAAAAUAUUUUAGGAAUCAAAAUAUAUAGAGAAAAAAAAAUUAGAUUUCCAGGUACUAUCGAAAAACGGAAGAUUAUUUUGAUAUAUGCGGUUGUGGAAGUUCGAACUCAGAUGAGCUGCGUACAGUGUAAUGGACUUACCAGCUACGCUAUUCCCUUCCCAUAUGAUAUAAUGUGACCUUCAUGGUAGUAAGACGUUGUUUAGGGCGGAAGAGUGCCUCCGUCAAUAAUGAGAAAUGGUGCAUUAAGGCGGGUUAAACAUCAACACUACAAUGUCGACGAUUCAUUCAAUUAUUGUCAUUACACUAUGACAAUCUAGGAAAAAUAUUUAGCAAUAUGCCAAUAAAAUUCAACUUGUUAAUAAAUGAUGACUACUUGAUUUAAAAAAGUUACAUUAAUUCGUACAAUAAUGUUGUUAUCGAUUUCUUACUGUUCCUGGUAUGAUGCAACUGGAAAAAGUCAAUUGCCAGCUUAACAAUAAGCCACAUUUUUUCAAUCAUAAUUUAACUACAUUUACAGUUGAACAAUAUUGAAUGUUGCAGCCAUUGAAAUCAAUCAAUAUUAUGUCGAACUUAAGUGAGCCUUAAACCUCGGUUCAUUCAUUUUAAAUUUUCGCAUUUUUCGCUGCAGGAAUAGAACUAUUUCUUGAAAUAGUGUCUCUUCAUGCACAAAUUGUUGGUGGUUGUAGAUUUUUGUUAUAUAUUCUGACAGAAGCUUUGUGCUUUCUUACAUAGUGAACGGUUCGCAGAGGCGGAGAAAUCAAACAAAUAUAUUAUAAGAGACCAUUCAUAAAUUGCGUAACGCAAAAAUUGCCCAAAAUUGACUCGCCUUCUCCCCAUGUACCAAAUUGUCACAAAUUUAUCUAUCCCUUCUCCCCUAUUACGUAACAAAUUUCUUUUAAUUUUUUUUUCUUCAGUAAAAACAUGUUACGUAACGUUAUAGCUUACUCCCACUCCCCCAUUUGUCACAAUAUGUCGCAAAUUGUCGAACCCCCACCCCUAAACGUAAUUUAUGAAUAGUAAUAUUAAUUUGGAAUGUGGAAAAGACCGUAAAAGCCGAAAAUUCACUAAAGUGAUAUUAAUAUUUUUAUAUUCAUCGAAUUAGUAUCUCAAAGACGGUGCCGGUAGUUAAGUGGCAGGGUUUUGAUGGUAGAGACGCCUCUCUGGUGUGAAAGAUAGGCACUCAGUACAGAAAGAGACCGAAGGAAAAAAAUAAUAACAAUAAUUAGCCUUAUCACCUUUCGAAAGUACAAAGUACCUUCAUUGUUACGUAAUCAAAUAAAUACAGCGAAACGUCGAAAUUACUCGAACCUAUUAAAAUGAGAACACAAUUCUAGAGUUUUUAUUCAAAACGUCAUGUCUACAAUGAGUAUUUUUGUUUACCUUUCUCUUUUGAUUUUUACGGCGUCACUAUAGCACCUCUCACUUACUUUGCAGUACAGAUUGCAAGACGGUGGUUUUUACUAGAGUUGAAGAAUAAAUGUAAAAGCGAUCGAAUUAUUAACAGAAGAGAAAGUAAUCAAUGAGAGUCCCUCAUUGUAGAUAUGUCUUUUUUUUUUUAAAAAAAAAGGAAUUCAUUUCAAUAAUUCACUACCACAAGUAUUAGGAGUUAAUUCAUAAUCAACCACAAACAGAAAUGCAACCAUCUACCAACGAAGCUCAUCAAAGAUGAAAAGCAAAUGCAUAUAGCUUUAACUUAGAUUGCAAUAUUAUACAAAAUGUAAACCCAAACAUAAAUGAAUAAAAAUUUGAGUUAAAAAAUUCAUUUCUUUACUAGUCAUGUAAAACAGUCGAAAUGGGAAACAUAUCGAAUGCACACUGGCGUGAGGCACAAAUCCUCAACUACCUACGGGAUACGUUCAAUUUGACCCAGCAUAUUCUGAUUCCUAAUUCUGACGGCCUAAAAUAUUUUUAAUAAGGCGGAGUGUCGUACAAAAAUAACGUAAUUGGUUCUAUACCAGACAACGGCAUAGUGGAAAAUGCCCAAUCUAGCCGUGGAAGUAUCGUGAGAACUCAAGAAGUCCAGGAGUCCUUUUUGAAGGUUUUCACGUAGAUUUGUUCAAUCACAAUCCUUGAUGUGACGAAGAAAUGAAAAUUUGCCACAUGCGCGGAUCGCUUGCUAAACAAGGAUUGUAUACCGAAUUUCGACAUCUUCUUCUUCCACUUUCUGUACAGCUUCCUUGUGAAAAUUUUGCCACCUUGUCGGUUGCCGCUCCUGCUUGGAAAACAUUUCAUUUUUUUGCUGAAAAUGAAUUGAAACUUCAAUCGAAAUGUUGGAUUGACGUUUGGAUUGGUCCAAUACCAUCCGCUUGAUUAUCUGAUGGUCUUAAAACGUCACAUGGGUUAAGAUGCGAUGUGCGAAUUUGAUCCAUGGUUACCCACACGCUAAAGACUUAUAAACUAUUAAGUGCUACUAUUUUUUGGAACAUAGCCUUCUGAAUGAUUCUAUAUUCAUCCUAAGUUGGGGGCCCCUAAAAGCCCGGGACCCCUGGCCCUGGCCCAGUAUGUCCAUGCGUAAAGACGGUACUGCCCAGGUGUGGUACUCCAAUUGUUCUUUAUAGCUGUGAUUUCCCACUUUUCAAUUCCAUUUUGAGGGCACUCGAUGAGAACCCACAGAAUGGUUCUGGGUCGAUAAAAUUAGUGGAAGACCCUAUUCUUGCUAGCUCAUCGACUUUUUCGUUCCCUGCAACGUCACUAUGUUCUGGAACCCAGUAUAAAUUAACAUGGGUUUUCUCCGCCAAUUGUCGGAGAGCAAGAAUGGGAGUGUACUAGUUUCGAAGACAUGCAGGAGCCCUUAAUGCGUUGAGCGCAGCCUGACUAUCUAAGAAAAUGCAGACAUUUGGGUACCGUUAUUUUCUUUUCAGAUAUACGUAAGUGCAUUCUAGAAUGACAUAUAUUUCUGUUUGAAACACUGUCGGCGGAUUUGUAUCAUUCUUACGCUGUCUCCGUGAAGACGCCAUAUUUCUCAUUGAAGCAAUUUUGUUUCGGUGAGCUAGGCAUAAAGUACUGAAUAAAUGCAAUAUAUAAAUACCUGUUCGUAUUUACUUCUCGCACAUCCCAAGAAAUAUGCAGGCAACAAACUCAACCGGUAUCACAAAUGAAACACCAAGAACUAUAGAGCUAAACUGCCAAACGCCUU